AUGGCGGAGACGCUCGACAUGACCCUCGACGACAUCAUCAAGAACAACAAGAAGAGUAAUUCCUCCUCCGGUGGGGGCCGCCGCAGCCGCGGCGGAUCCGCCCCUGGCGGCAGCAGCAGCGGCGGGGUCCGGCCGACCAGGCGCCCCUUCAACAGGUCCGGGAACAGGAAGGCGCCCUACCAGCCGCCGAAGGCCCCCGACGCUGUGUGGCAGCACGACAUGUACCCUGCGGUCACAGCAGGAGGAGGCGGCGGCGGGAGGGUCACGGGUCUCGACACCGGCACCAAGCUCUACAUCUCCAACCUGGACUUUGGAGUUUCGAACGAGGGUAUCAAGGAGCUAUUCUAUGAGCUAGGUGAUCUAAAGCGCUACUCGAUAAAUUAUGAUCGAAGUGGGAGGUCUAAGGAUACAGCGGAAGUUGUAUUCGCAAGGCAUUCUGAUGUUGUAGCGGCGGUUAAGAAAUAUAACAAUGUCCAACUUGAUGUUCAUGGCCGGUCCUCCAACUUGUAG